AUGAUGCACAAUGAUGAAAGACCUUUUGAGUGUGAUGAUUGUGGCAGAAGGUUUAGAGAUCGUAGAUCUAUAAUACGUCACAUGUUGGUACAUACAGAAGAAAGGCCUUUUGAGUGUGAUGAGUGUGGCAGAAGGUUUAGAGAUCGUGGAUCUAUAAUACAUCACAUGUUGGUACAUACAGAAGAAAGGCCUUUUGAGUGUGAUAAAUGUGGCAGAUUAUUUAAGUCAUGUAAAGCUACUGCUGUUCCUCCUGCUAUUUCUACUGUUACUUAUCAUGCUGAUCCAGCUACUGCUGUUCCUCCUGCUAUUUCUACUGUUACUUAUCAUGCUGAUCCAGCUACUGCUGUUCCUCCUGCUAUUUCUACUGCUAUUUCUCAUGCUGAUCCAGCUACUGCUGUUCCUCCUGCUAUUUCUACUGCUACUUCUCAUGCUGAUCCUGUUACUGCUGUUCCUCCUGCAAUUUAA